UCAUGAGGAAUUUGAGGUGUGAAUGUGCAUUAACAUAUCUUUUGUUUCCAAGGGGGGAAAGGUCUGAGGUGUGAAAUGGUCAUUACAAUGUGUGACAAGCUUGGUAGGAACAUCCUCUGUUCAGUGUUUUGUCCAUCUGAGCACCUUGAAAAUGCUUUGCAUGCAUUUUUCCUUAUGAAAAAAGGCUCUGGACAGCAUUGGGAACUGGAAGAGUUAAAAAAAAAAAUUUCAAACACAAAAUGCCGUUUUGUGUUUGAAACGCUGAUAGAAUCGACUGCUGAAUGCAAGUUUUCUGCG